GUGCUCUCUCGAAAUUGUUCGUUUACUUCCAGACGUAGCUUUCCUUUCUUUCUGUCGAAAAGUGUCUCACUCAAUCAAAACAAAGGCAAAUUUCGUAGUCGUUUUCGUCGAGAAAAACAAUAUUCGUGUUUUAUUUGUGGGAAAGUAUUCCAAUUGAAUUGUAACCUUCUCCAAAAAGCAACCGAAAGCAAUGGGAAAAAUCUUCCUCGAUCACAUCGGCGGCCAGAAGCUGUAUUCGUGCGCUGCCUGCGAAACGAAUCUCACCAACAAACGGGAACUGAUUAGCACCCGUUUCACGGGUGCCACCGGACGGGCCUACCUGUUCAAGCGCGUUGUUAAUCUGACCUACUCGCAGGUGCAGGACCGAGUGAUGCUGACCGGACGCCACAUGGUGCGGGACGUGAUGUGCAAGAACUGCAAGGCCAAGCUCGGCUGGAUGUACGAAUUCGCCACCGAAGAGUCUCAAAAGUACAAGGAGGGCCGUGUCAUUCUGGAGCACGCACUCAUUACCGAGUCGGAGGGUUUUCCGGAACCGUGACCCUUUCUGUUCGAUCCGGUUGAGUUUUAGGAUGUCGCUGCUGGGAGGGUGCUUGAUGCGUGAAUGAGGAGUAUUUUCUAACGAUUCAAUAAUAAUCAUAUUAUUCUAGAGUUUAGUGUUAGACUUUUGUCGGUUUGCAGUAGAUGUUGGACAAAUUUAAAAUAAAAAUUUCAGUGUUUCAACUUUGCUCUAGAUCUUAUCCCGAGACUGUAUUCGGAUUAAUAUUACUAUAACGAAAUAUUACAAUCAAAUAGUGUACAGUACGUAA